AGUAAAACAGGAAAGUUCAUGUUAAGUAGUCACUCUUCGUUUCUUGUUCAAGUUUUUCAUCUCACGAUUUCUUUGAGGCUGAAGGUCCGUUUUUUCUUUGUUCUGAAUUGCGCACGGAGGCGAAUAAUGCCUUUGAGGAAUAUGAGGCUAAGGAAGGCGAGACGUGCCUUACGUACCAAGGCAAGACCUUGGGUGUCUAGGAGGACCAGACGGAGACAUUAGAGAACAAAUUAAAGGGGAAUUGGGAUGCAUCGUCGACGAAAAGUGCAGUUCAAGAACUUGAGAGGAUAUUGACGCUGGAGCAAGGUGACAAACACCACUAAAAAAAAUCGGUAAGCAUAGAAUUAUCGCAUCUACUGUUCAUACAUCAGGUGUAUUCGCUACACCGGUUUGGCAGUACAUCUAACCCUUCUCUAGCACUCUUCCAAUAGAGUAGUGCUUAUAUUUACAACAAUUUUGACCCGAUCCCAAGGAAACCCUUAUUCACAAACCAUAGUCCUCGAUCUGUCUUCGAUGUGAUUCAGAUGUCAGCACUAUAAUGGCAGUUUUAAUGUGGACAAGAACCGCGAAGUCUUCUCAGACUCAUGUUGAUGGAAGCACAAAUGAAGAUCAAUAUCUUCAAUGGACAAGUGCUGGUGUAUAUUUUGUUAUUUGCACUUACUACAUUAGUUACUGUUUUGCCUUGCAGUACUGCUCGCACCGAAGUGCAUCAAGCGGCUCGACAUGAAAAUACUUUUAUGUGCAGGAGUAGAAUAUACGGAUCGUCCUAACAUAAACGUGGC